CGCGGCCCUGACCCGAACGCGGUUACUGAGCAGGAAGAAACCGCGAGCCCUCGCGGAAGGAGGCGGCUGCCGGCGGCAGCUUUAGCCAGCGGUCCCGAGGCCGGGGAUGAACGCGAGCGGAGCGGCUUUGGAAAAAAGAGGGCGGGCCCGAGGCUCGGGCAGCGAGACCGUGUUGUAGUGCUCGCCCGCGGCGCUGCCGCCCUUCUCCUGGCUUGCAAGGUGCUGUUGGAAGGCGGCAGGGGCGGGGCGAGGACGGGGCGCGUUUCCCGCCCCGGAGGCGGGGCUUUUCCGAGGCUGGCGCGAAGCGUCCAAUGGCAGCCGGCCGGUGUCGCGCGGGCGGCCAAUGGGAGCGGGCGCGGGUGCUAUAAAUAGCGGCGCGGCGGCGCUGCGGUUGUAGUGCGGGCUGCGCCGAGUUUGGGGUGAGCGUUGUGUCCUGCUGCUGGGCGAUGGCGCGUACGAAGCAGACGGCGCGGAAGUCGACGGGCGGGAAGGCGCCCCGCAAGCAGCUGGCCACCAAGGCUGCCCGCAAGAGCGCGCCGGCCACGGGCGGCGUCAAGAAGCCGCACCGCUACCGGCCCGGCACGGUGGCGCUGCGCGAGAUCCGGCGCUACCAGAAGUCCACGGAGCUGCUGAUCCGCAAGCUGCCCUUCCAGCGCCUGGUGCGCGAGAUCGCGCAGGACUUCAAGACCGACCUGCGCUUCCAGAGCUCGGCCGUCAUGGCACUGCAGGAGGCCAGCGAGGCCUACCUGGUGGGGCUCUUCGAGGACACCAACCUGUGUGCCAUCCACGCCAAGCGCGUCACCAUCAUGCCCAAGGACAUCCAGCUGGCCCGCCGCAUCCGCGGCGAGCGUCUGGUGUACUUGGUGACCGCCUUGGUGCCCUCGGACACGGCGUGCUUGGCCAGCUCGCCGGGCAGCAGCAGGCGCACGGCCGUCUGGAUCUCCCGCGACGUGAUGGGCGGGAAGGCGCGCGCCAAGGCCAAGUCGCGCUCGUCGCGGGCCGGGCUGCAGUUCCCCGUGGGCCGCGUGCACCGCCUGCUGCGCAAGGGCAACUACGCGGAGCGCGUGGGCGCCGGCGCGCCCGUGUACCUGGCGGCCGUGCUGGAGUACCUGACGGCCGAGAUCCUGGAGCUGGCGGGCAACGCCGCCCGCGACAACAAGAAGACGCGCAUCAUCCCCCGCCACCUGCAGCUCGCCAUCCGCAACGACGAGGAGCUCAACAAGCUGCUGGGCAAGGUGACGAUCGCGCAGGGCGGCGUGCUGCCCAACAUCCAGGCCGUGCUGCUGCCCAAGAAGACUGACAGCCACAAGGCUAAAGCCAAGCGGAAAGAGCCGGAGGCGCCGGUGCCCUUGCCGCCGGCGGCCAGCGCCUUCUUGAGCGCGGCCAGGGAGAGCCCCUUGCGCUCCUUGGAGGCGGACACGGCCUUGGUGAUCAGCUCGGUGACGCUGGGCCCCGCGGGCUUGCGGGCUUUGGAGCCGCUCGCCGCCUUCUUCGGCUUCUUGGCGGCGGCCUUGGCGCCGCGCGCGGGCGCGCUCUCGGCCAUGGCAGCGCGGCGUGAACGCGGCUGCGGCCGCACCGGUGGCUCCUCCUUCUACAGCAGCGCGGCGGGCGCUGAUUGCUGCGCUCCCGAGCCCGCCCCUCACCCCGCCCCGCUCCCUGCCGCCCGCCUUGUGUUUCCUCCCUCUGAAAAAACGGCGCGGCGGCGCUGCGGUUGUAGUGCGGGCUGCGCCGAGUUUGGGGUGAGCGUUGUGUCCUGCUGCUGGGCGAUGGCGCGUACGAAGCAGACGGCGCGGAAGUCGACGGGCGGGAAGGCGCCCCGCAAGCAGCUGGCCACCAAGGCUGCCCGCAAGAGCGCGCCGGCCACGGGCGGCGUCAAGAAGCCGCACCGCUACCGGCCCGGCACGGUGGCGCUGCGCGAGAUCCGGCGCUACCAGAAGUCCACGGAGCUGCUGAUCCGCAAGCUGCCCUUCCAGCGCCUGGUGCGCGAGAUCGCGCAGGACUUCAAGACCGACCUGCGCUUCCAGAGCUCGGCCGUCAUGGCGCUGCAGGAGGCCAGCGAGGCCUACCUGGUGGGGCUCUUCGAGGACACCAACCUGUGUGCCAUCCACGCCAAGCGCGUCACCAUCAUGCCCAAGGACAUCCAGCUGGCCCGCCGCAUCCGCGGCGAGCGUGCUUAAGUGUUCUACUGCCGCCUACAUAGACCCAAAGGCUCUUUUCAGAGCCAUUACGCGCACACCUUAAAGAGCUGUGGCGCUGCAUUUA